CCUUGACUACUCGUGGGUACCACUGCUACCACCCCCAGACAAGCUCUCCCACUCAAUCAUCUCCCUUGCUCUCGUAGAGGCCAAAGUGAGAGCCAUCACCCGUCCCCUUCACAUACGAGUCUUCUCCCCGGCAUCGAGAAACCAAGAUAAAGCAGUGGUCAAGCUGUCCUCGCGCCCGUUACAUCAUCCCCAUUCCCGUCCUGCAGCAACUCAACUCUAAGUGACAGAUCUGCAAGGAACUCUUCUCUACAACUUUUUCCUGCCCCCCCGGUCCAUCCUCUCCUUCCAGCCCCAGAGGAGGCCCCCCAUCAUCCUUAUUUGCCGACUCCGAUCAAGUCACCCUGCCAACUUUUCUGGUUUGCUGCACCACGCCUGCGCGACUGCAAACCUGCGCACCCUGCAGCAAAAACCCAGCCAAUCCUGCACCUUGCGAACCAACGGCCCUUCCUUCCACUCUUCUUCCGUCCUUCAAAGACAUUCUUCUCCAAAAAUAAUCCCAUUGACUCUAAAGUCCUCCAACUACCGAUCGACGAAACACCUCCCACCCCUCGACCACCCUGCCAGCGCAGCUUGCUCGGAUCGUCUGAAACAGGCGCAGCCCGUCAUCUGAGAUUUCCUCCAAAAUCUACAGCGCAUGGUGUUUCACGUCGCUAUCCUGUACUUCCCUCUCGUCAUCUCCUCUACCGUCAUCGAGACUCCGGCUUCUUGACCUCGUUGUGGAAAUGGGUGGAACACAGUAUGGAAAAUUCCAAGACUUCUGUCGCGAUGCGACACUACCUAUAUGCAACAUCCUCGUCACGAAUAACCAACCACCCGGCCUUGCGUAUGGCGGUUGUGUCCUGCGUGGAAUCACUCUGAGUAACAACCGGAAUCUUGCCAAUCUGGGUUCAAUACUGCUCUGUGGCAUCGCCAUCGUCGUCACGCUGUUUCUGCUAUGGCGCGCAGAAAGGAAAGCUGCUGCGGUCGGUCGCCGGGAAAUGCAGAUGUUUCUGGUCGGAUAUCUGAUCAUUGAAAUCUGUGAAAUAUUUACGGUCGGCGGAUUUCCAUUGAACAACGAUGUGCGGAAAGGGUUCACGGCUGUCCAUCUGGCCGCUAUCGUGGCGACCAUGUGGAUCUUACUCAUGAAUGCAGUGGUGGGUUACCAAUUAGUGGACGACGGCACACCAUUGUCGAUGGGGUUGAUUGGCUUCAGCUCCCUGGCAUUGUUCAUUGGCACUGGCUACAUUGCACUCGACACGGCCUUCUCUUGGACUGGGUUUUGGGACAGCUCGUUGCACCCACCGCACCAAAGCUACGCCCUCUACACGUUGUAUCAGCUGGCACCCUUGGUCUUCCUGUUUUUAUUCUUCGUCCUCGAGUCGAUACUGGUUCUCAAGGUCCUGGGCGAGACGAAGCCAAUGGUCUAUUUGGUCGCUGCCGCCCUCCUCUUCGCCAUCGGCCAGGUCUUCAUGUAUGUGAUAUCGAAGCACAUAUGCGAAGGCACCCAUGGCGACAUCAAUGGCACCCUUUUUGAGACCCUAUUCACGCUCCUCAGCGUUGUGGCGGUGUUUGUGUUCUGGUCAUCAAUUACUGAAGACGACUGGCCCAUCCAAUGAUCAUGGCAGGACCAUAGCCAGGGGUUUUGAAACGGCCGUCAUAGGGAAAAAGUCUUGGGUCUACCGGAGUUGUCGUCGAGUUCCUCUUCUUGGCCGGGGCAAUUGAAGGUGAAGAAAUGAUCUUUAAUAUCUCGAGACGGCAAAACCGGUGCGACACCCCCUCCUUACCUGAACAAGGAGCGCCCUUGUGCUUUGUCGCAAUAUCCUCAUGUUUCCCCAUUGGAGGGGUUGGGCAUGAUAGCUUGACGAGUUACGCAGCGUUUGGCAUCUGUGAAAUGUGUAUUGAUCGCAAUUUCCUGGGAGGUUUCAGGUUUCAGUCGAUUUCAGCGUAAUUCAUGGGCCAAAACAAAUUUCCGCGUCGACUUGAGGGCUGUGAGCUGGUAUCAUACAGCGACCAUUUGACCUAGACUAGAAUAUAGUAGUAGUCCAGCGAAGACAUAUUUUUGUGCUGGACGGACAAUAUAUGAGACAUCCUCUGCAUUUCUGU